AUCGUGUUUAACGACUGACGUUCUGGACAAAAAGAUUGGUUUAUUCUUCCCCUUCUUAGACCAUGAAGAUGCACAUUCAAGUGACAAUCUAUGCGUAUAUAUUCGCUUUGUCCUUUCUAAAAGAAUGCUUUACCAUCGAUACUGCUGUCCGACUUGUUGGAGGACGGACUGAAUAUGAAGGUCGAUUAGAAGUUUACAAAUUGGGAAAAUGGGGAACAGUUUGCGAUGAUGGUUUAAAUGAUACACUAUCUGUUGUGGUGUGUCGAUCAUUAGGAUUACCUUGGAAUGCAUCAAAAGCCUAUGGCGGUGCUGCAUAUGGACAGGGAUCUGGUCCUAUCUGGUUGGAUAACGUCAAAUGUAUGGGAUCUGAGACAGGCAUUGAGGAGUGUAGUCACAAUCCCUGGGGAUCUCAUAACUGUAACCAUGGAGAGGAUGUCUCCAUCAGCUGUUUCCCGUCAACAGACAUUGCUGUCCGACUUGUUGGAGGGACGAGUGAAAAGGAAGGUCGAUUAGAAGUGAACAGGUUGGGGAGUUGGGGAACAGUGUGUGAUGAUAAUUUGAACGAUAAACUGGCAGUUGUGGUGUGUCGAUCUUUAGGCUUGUCUUGGGCAACAUCUGAGGCAUAUGGCGGUGCUGUACAUGGUCAAGGAUCAGGAACAAUCUGGUUAGACAAUGUUAACUGCAUAGGAUCUGAGUCAAACAUUGCAGAGUGUAGUCACAGUCCCUGGGGGUCUAACAACUGUAACCAUGGUGAUGAUGUAUCCAUCAACUGCUUACCCAAUGCUACUUUUGUCCAACUUGUUGGAGGAACGACUGAAUAUGAAGGUCGAUUAGAAAUUUACAAACUUGGAAGUUGGGGAACAGUGUGUGAUAAUAAUUUUAACCAUAACCUGUCUGUUGUGGUGUGUCGAUCAUUGGGCUUGCCUUGGGCAACAUCAGAGGCCUAUGGCGGUGCUGUAUUUGGUCGAGGAUCUGGUACAAUCUGGUUAGACAAUGUUAACUGCAUAGGAUCUGAGUCAAACAUUGCAGAGUGUAGUCAUAGUCCCUGGGGAUCUAACAACUGUAAUCAUGGAGAUGAUAUAUCAAUCAACUGCUUGCCCAAUAGGUCCAAUGAUACUGCUGUCCGACUUGUUGGAGGAACGACUAAAUAUGAAGGUCGAUUAGAGGUGUACAAAUCGGGAAAAUGGGGAACAGUGUGUGAUGACGGUUUAAAUGAUACACUAGCUGUUGUGGUGUGUCGAUCAUUAGGCUUACCUUGGAAUGCAUCCAAAGCCUAUGGCGGUGCUGCAUAUGGACAGGGAUCUGGUCCUAUCUGGUUGGACAACGUCAAAUGUAUGGGAUCUGAGACAGGCAUAGAGAAGUGUAGUCACAGUCCCUGGGGAUCUCAUAACUGUAACCAUGGAGAGGAUGUCUCCAUCAGCUGUUUCCCGUCAACAGACAUUGAUAUUAGACUUGUUGGAGGGACGAGUGAAAAUGAAGGUCGAUUAGAAGUGAACAGGUUGGGGAUUUGGGGAACAGUGUGUGAUGAUAAUUUGAGCGAUAAACUGGCAGUUGUUGUGUGUCGAUCUUUAGGCUUGCCUUGGGCAACAUCUGAGGCAUAUGGCGGUGCUGUAUUUGGUCGAGGAUCAGGUACAAUCUGGUUAGACAAUGUUAACUGCAUAGGAUCUGAGUCAAACAUUGCAGAGUGUAGUCAUAGUCCCUGGGGAUCUAACAACUGUAAUCAUGGAGAUGAUAUAUCAAUCAACUGCUUGCCCAAUAGGUCCAAUGAUACUGCUGUCCGACUUGUUGGAGGAACGACUAAAUAUGAAGGUCGAUUAGAGGUGUACAAAUCGGGAAAAUGGGGAACAGUGUGUGAUGACGGUUUAAAUGAUACACUAGCUGUUGUGGUGUGUCGAUCAUUAGGCUUACCUUGGAAUGCAUCCAAAGCCUAUGGCGGUGCUGCAUAUGGACAGGGAUCUGGUCCUAUCUGGUUGGACAACGUCAAAUGUAUGGGAUCUGAGACAGGCAUAGAGAAGUGUAGUCACAGUCCCUGGGGAUCUCAUAACUGUAACCAUGGAGAGGAUGUCUCCAUCAGCUGUUUCCCGUCAACAGACAUUGAUAUUAGACUUGUUGGAGGGACGAGUGAAAAUGAAGGUCGAUUAGAAGUGAACAGGUUGGGGAUUUGGGGAACAGUGUGUGAUGAUAAUUUGAGCGAUAAACUGGCAGUUGUUGUGUGUCGAUCUUUAGGCUUGCCUUGGGCAACAUCUGAGGCAUAUGGCGGUGCUGUAUUUGGUCGAGGAUCAGGUACAAUCUGGUUAGACAAUGUUAACUGUAUAGGAUCUGAGUCAAACAUUGCAGAGUGUAGUCACAGUCCCUGGGGGUCUAACAACUGUAACCAUGGUGAUGAUGUAUCAAUCAACUGCUUGCCCAAUGCUACUUUUGUCCGACUUGUUGGAGGAACGACUGAAUAUGAAGGUCGAUUAGAAAUUUACAAACUUCGAAGAUGGGGAACAGUGUGUGAUACUAAUUUUAACCAUAACCUCUCUGUUGUGGUGUGUCGAUCAUUGGGCUUGCCUUGGGCAACAUCAGAGGCCUAUGGCGGUGCUGUAUUUGGUCGAGGAUCAGGUACAAUCUGGUUAGACAAUGUUAACUGCAUUGGAUCUGAGUCUAAAAUUGAAGAAUGUAGUCACAGUCCCUGGGGAUCUAACAACUGUAAUCAUGGAGAUGAUAUAUCCAUCAACUGCUUGCCCAUUAAGUCCAAUGAUACUGCUGUCCGACUUGUUGGAGGAACGACUGAAUAUGAAGGUCGAUUAGAGGUUUACAAAUCGGGAAAAUGGGGAACAGUGUGUGAUGAUGGUUUAAAUGAUACACUAUCUGUUGUGGUGUGUCGAUCAUUAGGCUUACCUUGGACUGCAUCAAAAGCCUAUGGCGGAGCUGCACAUGGACAGGGAUCUGGUCCUAUCUGGUUGGACAACGUCAAAUGUAUGGGAUCUGAGACAGGCAUUGAGGAGUGUAGUCACAAUCCCUGGGGAUCUCAUAACUGUAACCAUGGAGAGGAUGUCUCCAUCAGCUGUUUCCCGUCAACAGACAUUGCUGUCCGACUUGUUGGAGGGACGAGUGAAAAUGAAGGUCGAUUAGAAGUGAACAGAUUUGGGAGUUGGGGAACAGUGUGUGAUGAUAAUUUGAGCGAUAAACUGGCAGUUGUGGUGUGUCGAUCUUUAGGCUUGCCUUGGGCAACAUCUGAGGCCUAUGGCGGUGCUGUACAUGGUCAAGGAUCAGGUACAAUCUGGUUAGACAAUGUUAACUGCAUAGGAUCCGAGUCAAACAUUGCAGAGUGUAGUCACAGUCCCUGGGGGUCUAACAACUGUAACCAUGGUGAUGAUGUAUCCAUCAACUGCUUGCCCAAUGAUAUUUUUGUCCGGCUUGUUGGAGGACCGACUGAAUAUGAAGGUCGAUUAGAAAUUUACAAACUGGGAAGAUGGGGAACAGUGUGUGAUGAUGGUUUAAAGGAUACACUAUCUGUUGUGGUGUGUCGAUCUUUAGGCUUACCUUGGAAUGCAUCAAAAGCCUAUGACGGUGCUGCAUAUGGACAGGGAUCUGGUCCUAUCUGGUUGGGCAACGUCAAAUGUAUGGGAUCUGAGACAGGCAUUGAGGAGUGUAGUCACAAUCCCUGGGGAUCUCAUAACUGUAACCACGGAGAGGAUGUCUCCAUCAGCUGUUUCCCGUCAACAGACAUUGCUGUUCGACUUGUUGGAGGGACGAGUGAAAAUGAAGGUCGAUUAGAAGUGAACAGAUUUGGGAUUUGGGGGACAGUGUGUGAUGAUAAUUUGAGCGAUAAACUGGCAGUUGUGGUGUGUCGAUCUUUAGGCUUGCCUUGGGCAACAUCUGAGGCAUAUGGCGGUGCUGUACAUGGUCAAGGAUCAGGUACAAUCUGGUUAGACAAUGUUAACUGCAUUGGAUCUGAGUCAAACAUUGCAGAGUGUAGUCACAGUCCCUGGGGGUCUAACAACUGUAAUCAUGGUGAUGAUGUAUCCAUCAACUGCUUGCCCAAAGAUACUUUUGUCCGACUUGUUGGAGGAACGACUGAAUAUGAAGGUCGGUUAGAAGUAUACAAAUUUGGAAAAUGGGGAACAGUGUGUGAUGAUGGUUUAAAUGAUACACUAUCUGUUGUGGUGUGUCGAUCAUUAGGCUUACCUUGGAGUGCAUCAAAGGCUCACGGUGAUGCUUCAUAUGGAGAGGGCUCAGGUCCUAUCUGGUUAGACGAUGUUAAAUGUACAGGCUCUGAGUCCAGAAUUGAGGAGUGUAGUCACAGUCCCUGGGGUUCUCACAACUGUGGCCAUGGAGAAGAUGUCUCUAUUAUAUGUGUCCAAUCUAGAGGUGAUACAUCUGAUAGAGUUGAAGCCAAACAGGACUGGAUGUCUGGAGCCAAUGCAAUUAUCGUUAUAUCUGUCCUGUAUGUUCUUUUGGGCUUGACGUGGUUAGCAGUCUUUGUUAAGUACAAAAAACGUCGUUCGAAUUUACACCAAAGCAAUACACAUGACACACAAGGUUUCCAGUUAGAGGUUCACAGCUUGACACAGCAUUAUGACGAUGCCGAUCAGACUUUCCCAGAAAACAUCUAUUCAGCACUGGGUACACCAUGUCAGGAAACUUCUGAAACUUCUGCAACACCUUAUGAGGAUUUUAAAAUAUAAAGUUGAUCUGACAAAGUGACUCAUUCAUAAUUUACUAUCAGAAUAAGUUUUUCUUUACUUUUUUCAUUUUCUUUAUUUUUUAUAAUAAAUACAUGAUUUACA